AUGCAUGUUAAAGUUGUGAAGUUGUGGUACCACAAGAAUCCUGCUUUUGAUGCUUCUCAAAAUCUGUUGCAUAUGGUCUUAAUGGAUGAGAAGUUACACAAGAUCCAAGCAACGAUUAGAGAUAAGCUUAUAUCAAAGUUUGCUGUGUCUCUACACGAAGGGAAUCUGUAUUUGAUGACUUAUUUUACAGUUGUACCAAACACUGGUAUGAACAGAGUGACCAAACAUCGGUUCAGACUUUUGUUCCAAUACAAGACCUUUGUUGUUUCUGUGGUAUCUCCAAGGAUACCUCAUUCCGGUUUGUGUUUUACAUCAAUAGAUGAAAUUGAUCAAAUGACAAAGGACUACAAUUUCCUCAUUGGUUUGUACAAACUUUGUUGGGAUCAUUACUGGUGUCGAAAAGAAAGAGAUAUAGCAUCAUAUGGGAAGCUGAUCAAAGCAGUUGUGCUAGAAGUUUUUACUCAUGGCAAAAAGGUCCAAUGUAAUGUGUUUGGAAAUGCUUGUGAUCUGUUGGAAUAUGAUAACUUACAAAAAUAUCCAAGAUCUCCGCUGAUUGUCCUCGAGUCUUUUAAAAUCAAAGCAAUUGAAGGUGGAGUAAUUCUACAGAAUGUGAUAAAUGUCUCUAGGUUAUUUAUUAAUCCCAACAUUCCUGACUCUGUUGAGUUCCUAAGCAGAUUUAGUGUAGCCAGUUAUGGAUUCUCAAGACUUGGGACCAAUGACCUUGGAUACUGA